AUGAAGGAUUCUUUUACAAAUUCCGAAAAAACAUUUUCAACUUAUUCUUCUUCCGCCACUUUAACUGUUGAAACUGAAGAACCACUUAGUUUAGAAGGUCGUUGGAUAAAAGAUUCUAGUGGUCGCACUAUACUUUUACGUGGUAUAAAUUUAUCUGGCUCAUCUAAACAACCUUGA